CAUCUCAAAUAUUCUUUAUUUCACAUUGGAGCACAGAAUUCACUUUUUGUAUAUAUCUCUAUAUCUACAUGAAUCUUUCUCAGAACAUUUAUAUUUAUAACUCCCAAAUAGAAAUGAGUUCCAACAUUUGAACUCUGGGGUGCAAACAAAUAAAGAAGAAACGUGAUCUGGUGGAAACACCAAACCAGCCAUGGCCAUGCUGAAUUUCAUAUUGCAAAGUUUACAACUAAACUGCAUCCUCCUUUUUCACAGCAAGCAAACCAACCAAAGCGCAGGACUUUAGAAAGAUUAUUGUUAAACAUAGCUUAAUUAGUGAGAUUUGUAACCCAAUUUUUCCCAGGAUAUAAAAAAUUCUCGUUUCCAGCACCCAUCUCCACGCGGGCCAAUUGCACGCUUUCCAGAUAUUAUAAAAUCGAUUUGAAGUAUCACGAAUCCUCGCUUCCAGCGUCCAUCUUCAUUCGGUCCAAUGGCAAGCCAUCGAUACAUUAUUCAGCUGCCACUAACUAUAUUCUAACAUUGACCGUACGCUAAAAAAAAUGCCCCCCAAGUCACCAGCAUGUUUAUCCCCUGUCAUCUUCCUUCACUUAAAAUCAGCUCCUUUAGACUAAGAUUAUGCAUAACGGAGAGGGGGCGCGGAGAGAUGAAGAUACUCUGCGAUGUCUGCUGCGCCGGGGAGGCCACCGUGCUGUGCUGCGCCGACGAAGCUGCCCUCUGCUACGGCUGCGACCUCCGGGUACACAGCGCCAACAAGCUUGCCGGCAAGCAUCCCCGCUUCUCCCUCCUCUCCGCUCAGCCGCACCCUCUCUGCGACACCUGCCAGGAAAGACGGGGUUUUGUGUUCUGCAAGGAUGACAGAGCCAUACUCUUCCAUGAAUGCGACUCUUCCAUUCAUACCUCAAACGGUCUUACAAUGAAGCACAGCCGCUUCAUCCUCACCGGUACUCGGCUCUCUUCUGUAACUAGUACAGUCUCCUCGCCUUUGUCGGAGCAAAGCAUCUCUCAAAAGAAAGUCUCUAGGUGUUUGUCGUCGCCCAUGGCUGAGGGCAGCAGCAGCAGCAUCUCCGAGUACCUGAUAAAAAUGCUUCCUGCGUAUCUUGUUGAGGAAUUUCUGCUAGAUGAAUCCGUCAGUUACCCCGCUGGUGAUGUCUUCUAUGAGCAAAGCAUCUCUCAAAAGAAAGUCUCUAGGUGUCUGUCGUCGCCCAUGGCUGAGGGUAGCAGCAGCAUCUCCGAGUACCUGACUAAAAUGCUUCCUGGGUAUCUUGUUGAGGAUUUUCUGCUAGAUGAUUCCGUCAGUUACACCGCUGGUGAUGUCUUCUAUCAGAGUGAUGCGUUGGCGCCAGUAGUGGAGGGAGAUGUUGACGCUGGAAAUAUCGGAGUAGCAUCGGCGGCGGACUGGAAUUUCUUUGUUCCCGAGGCACCACUUUAUCAGUUUCAUCCGGUGUCUGUUUGCUGGGAGGAUAUGGCUGGGAUAGAACAAUACAAUGCAAUAGUCUACAUUAUUUUGAAAGAUGCUGGAGCAGUACGUGCACAUCUCCACAUCAGGCCUGCAGGAGCAGGCUCCAGGCCUUCAGAAAAGAUGUGCGGUUCUGAAACCUGCAUAAUGGUAGUGCCCGCUACGAAGAAAUUUCAACUUUGUGGACUUGAGCCAGAGUUAGAGAAGUUGGAUCGAAUGUUUGAGGGUGUCGGUGAUUCAACCAAAGUAUCCAGUCCGGAUCUCAAUGAAGUCCAGUCUACCUGUCGUUAUGAGCGUCAACGGGUGGAGAGUAAAAAGAAAGCUGGAGUUGCUUUCCUCGAAAACCAGAUAUCAAAUCUAGUAGCUUAUAACAGCGCAUAA